UUCCGCUUUCGGUGCAGUCUCCUGCUAAGCGAAGAUGGCGUCUCCGUUGCGGGAGCCCGAGGAGCUGGGCACGGAGAGCGAGCUGCUGGGCUGCUCCGCCCGGGACGUCGCCCUGAAAUGGCUCCAAGCAACGGAUCUUCCCAAAGAAGUCUACCAGCACCUCGCCUACUAUGUCCCCAAAAUCUACUGCAGACAAGCGGAUCCGGUCACAGAUCACGAGGAGAUGUUGGCACAGCACACACUGCUGGGGGCACUGGAGUGGUAUCUGUGCGGGGAGGAUCCUGCCAUUGGCAUUCAGAAGCUGGAGCAAGCAAACAAACCGUCCCAGCUCUGCGGCCGCGUGUUUAAAGUGGGAGAACCAACAUAUUCCUGCAGAGAUUGUGCAGUGGAUCCAACAUGCGUCUUGUGCAUGGAGUGUUUUCUGGGAAGUGUCCACAGAGAGCACCGAUACAGGAUGACCACAUCAGGAGGAGGCGGCUUCUGUGACUGUGGAGAUGCUGAAGCAUGGAAAGAAGGACCCUACUGCCAGAAGCAUGGCCUUAACAUUUCUGAAAAUGAAACGGAGGAUCCUCUUAUUAACUUGUCAGAUGAUAUGGUGGCACGGGCGUACAACAUUUUUGCUAUCAUGUUUCAAUACACAGUGGACAUACUCACAUGGGAAAAGGAUAAUGAGCUGCCUCCAGGAUUGGAGCAUACGGAGAAAGAAGACAAUUAUUUCUGCAUGCUUUUUAAUGAUGAAGUCCAUACCUAUGAGCAGGUUAUCUACACCCUGCAGAAAGCUGUGAAUUGUAGCCAGAAGGAAGCCAUUAGUUUUGCAACAACUGUGGAUCGAGAUGGACGGCGAUCUGUGCUUUAUGGAAGUUUCCAAAGCUGUGAUCAAGCAAAAUCUGUUAUAGUGAGAAACACCAGUCGUCAGACGAAGCCUCUUAAGGUUCAAGUCAUGCAUUCAGCUAUUGUGGCCCACCAGACAUUUGGACUCAGAAUCCUCAGCUGGCUUGGUCAAAUAAUUGGUUACUCAGAUGGAUUAAGACGAAUUCUGUGUCGGGUCGGUUUGCAGGAGGGCCCAAAUGGUGAAAACUCCUCUUUAGUGGACAAACUAAUGCUAUACGAUUCCAUCCUGUGGAAAGGUGCAAGAAUCUGCUACCACCAGCUGUUCAUGAGCAGUUUACUGAUGGACCUCAAAUACAAGAAGCUUUUUGCCAUCCGUUUUGCAAAAAACUAUGAGCGAUUGCAGAGUGAUUAUGUCAAAGAUGACCACGACAGCGAAUUCUCAAUCAUUGACCUUUCGGUACAGAUAAUCACAGUGCCGUCACUUGCUCGGAUGUUGAUCACGGAAGAAAAUCUGAUGACAACAAUAAUAAAGACGUUCAUGGAUCAUUUGCGGCACCGGGAUAUCCAGGGCAGGUUUCAGUUUGAGCGAUACACAGCCGUGCAGGCGUUCAAGUUUAGGAGAGUUCAGAGCCUGAUUUUGGAUCUAAAAUAUCUACUCAUCAGCAAGCCACCCGAGUGGACUUCUGGCUUACGCACAAAGUUUCUUGAAGGGUUCUACGUCUUUCUAGAAUUGUUAAAGUGCAUGCAGGGAAUGGAUCCUAUAACUCGACAAGUUGGACAGCAUAUCGAGAUGGAGCCGGAGUGGGAGGCUGCCUUCACCUUGCAGAUGAAACUAACACAUAUCAUAUCCAUGAUGCAAGACUGGUGUUCUACUGAUGAGCAUGUUCUGAUAGAAGCCUACAAGCAGUGCCUGGCCGUACUCACACAUUGUCACAGCGGCUUCACAGAUGGAGAGCAGCCCAUUACUCUCACCUUAGCCGGGCAUUCAGUGGAGACCAUGCGAUACUGUGUGUCACAGGAAAAAGUUAGCAUUCACCUUCCAGUCUCUCGCCUUCUUGCAGGUCUUCAUGCUCUUCUCAGUAAGAGCGAAGUGGCGUACAAGUUCCCCGAGCUGCUACCAUUUAGUCAAUUGAGUCCACCAAUGCUGAUUGAGCACCCACUGCGGUGUUUGGUGCUGUGUGCGCAGGUGCAUGCUGGGAUGUGGAGAAGGAAUGGGUUUUCCUUAGUCAACCAGAUCUACUACUAUCACAAUGUCAAAUGCAGAAGAGAGAUGUUUGACAAGGACAUUGUAAUGCUACAGGCUGGAGCUUCAAUGAUGGACCCCAACCAUUUUUUGAUGAUUGUCCUUAGCCGAUUUGAAAUUUUCCAGAUAUUUGGCACUCCUGAUUAUGGGAAGAGGUUCAGGAAAGACAGCACAAACAAGGAUCUAGUGCAGCAGAAUAACACCCUUAUUGAAGAGAUGUUACAUGUGAUCAUUAUGAUAGUUGGUGAGAGAUUUUGCCCUGGCGUUGGGCAGGUGACAGUUGCUGAUGAGAUAAAACGUGAAAUCGUCCAUCAACUGAGCAUACGGCCCAUGGCUCAUAGUGAGCUGGUGAAGGCACUGCCAGAAGACGAAAAUAAGGAAACUGGAAUGGAGCAAGUGAUUGAGACUAUUGCACUAUUUAAAAAGCCAGGCCUGACGGGAAGAGGAUUAUAUGAGCUAAAGCCGGAGGGCGCUAAGGAUUUCGACCUCUUCUAUUACCAUUACUCAAGAGCAGAACAGUCAAAGGCUGAAGAGGCCCAGCGUAAGCUGAAGCGUCUCAGUGAAGAGGAUACAGCUUUGCCUCCUCCGGUGCCGCCUCCAUUUUGCCCUCUGUUUGCCAGCCUGAUCAACAUUCUCCAGUCAGAUGUCAUGCUUUGCAUCAUGGGCACAAUUCUUCAAUGGGCAGUAGAGCCCAAUGGAUAUUCCUGGUCUGAGGCCAUGCUGCAGAGGGUUCUGCAUCUGAUUGGAAUGGCGUUACAGGAAGAGAUCCAGCAUCUGCAGAACAUCAGCGAGGACAAUGUUCUCACCUUUACAUUCUCGGAGAAGAUCUCAAGACCAGGUGAAGCUCCAAACACGUCGCCCAGUAUCUUGGCUUUGUUGGAGACAUUGCAGAACGCAGCUCACUUGGAGGUUCAUAAGGAUAUGAUACGCUGGAUUUUGAAGGCGUUCGGAACUAUUAAGAAGAUCAGAGAAAGUUCUUCUUCAACUCCAGCGGUGGAGAUCGGGGGCAAUGUGUUGGAAGAGAACACUCGCGAUAAAGACAAAGCAGAGAGGAAACGGAAAGCGGAAAUUGCCCGGCUCCGCAAAGAGAAGAUCAUGGCCCAGAUGUCUGAAAUGCAGAGACACUUCAUUGAUGAAAACAAGGAGCUUUUCCAGCAGUCGAUGGAUGAACUCAGCGUGUCUGCAUCAACAUCUCAUGAUAACAGUGGUCCUGCUUUGCUGGACUCCAAGCUGGUUGCACUCGGCCCCCACCAGACCCGGUUUGGUGAACAGAGUCAGCUGGUCACUUGUAUCCUGUGUCAGGAGGAGCAGGCAUACAAUGUAGAAAACAAAGCUAUGGUCCUGGCUGCCUUCAUCCAACGUUCUACAGUCUUCUCUAAGAACAGAGCAAAGGUUAUUCAAUACCCAGACAACUAUGAUCCGCUCUUCAUGCAUCCAGACUUGGCUUGUGGGACACACACGGGAAGCUGUGGGCACAUCAUGCACGCUCACUGCUGGCAAAGGUAUUUUGAUGCUGUGCAAAUGAAGGAGCAGCGCAGACAGCAGCGUUUACGUGUACACACAAGCUACGACGUGGAAAAUGGUGAAUUCCUCUGCCCCCUCUGUCAGUGCUUAAGCAACACAGUCAUCCCUAUGCUGCCUCCAGCAAGGAGCUUCUACCACAGGUUAGAUUUUUCCGAUCAACCAGAUUUGUCCGAAUGGGUGAAUGUGACAGGACAGCAAAUCAGAGUACUAAAAGAGCUUAAUGCAGAGAAGAGCAUGGGUGAGUUAACCUAUUUAUGUGGAUUUGUAUGUUUGUGUGACGCUGUAACCAGAUCUACUCAUAAUUAUCUAAUUAUUAUAGAUGAAUCAGACUCUUCCAAGCAAUCAAACGUCCCUGAAGGUUUCCGGCCUGCUUUCCAACCAAAGAACCCAUACUCAGAUAGUAUUAAAGAAAUGCUAACCACGUUUGGAACAGCGACAUACAAGGUCGGCCUCAAUGUUCACCCCAAUGAGCAGGACCCUCGUGUCCCCAUCAUGUGCUGGGAAAGCUGUGCGUACACAAUGCAAAUUAUUGAACGCAUAUUAACGGAUGAAGAAAGACCCUUAUUUGGAAAUCUACCAUGUCGACAGGAUGACUGCUUGAAAUCGCUGACAAGGUUUGCGGCAGCACACUGGACUGCGUGUCCUCUGGCAGUGGUGCAGAAACACUUCUCUCGGCUUUUCCAGUCGAUCGUACUUCAAGAGGGCAGCGAAGAGGCCCCCAGCAUACUCGACAUUGACAUGUUCCAUUUAAUGGUCAGCUUGGUGCUCUCUUUUCCAGCAGUACAAUGCCAGGACUUUUCAGGGUACAGCUUGGGUAUUGGGGACCUGCAUCUUUUUCACUUAGUAACCAUGGCACAUAUCAUUCAGACAGUGCUGACAUGCAGUCCGGAUGAAGAUGGAAUGGAACAGGAAUGCCCAGAUGGAGAAGAGGAACAAAUGGCAUUAGCUCUGUACAGCACAGUCUGCCAGUGUACUGGAAGCACGGUGAAGAAGUGGUCCUCCGGUUGGCACCUGUGCAGGGCAAUAAAAACCGCAGUGCUGCCUUUCCUUAGGUGUUCAGCUCUGUUUUUCCAUUACCUAAAUGGUGUGCCAGCACCCACUGAAUUGCCAGUGAGUGGAUUGAGCCAGAUUGACCAUCUCUGCAGUUUCCUCUCAUUGCCCAGCAACCUCCUCAGCAUUUUUCAACAAAAUCCCCAAGUGACAGAUGCACUCAUCAAUAGUUGGUGUAAACACAAAGAUGUGAGACUGUUUUUGGAUGCUGAACGGACAGCCAUAAGUUACCCGCGAGAAUCCAACAAACUAAUAGACCUGCCAGAAGAUUACAGCAGUCUGAUCAAUCAGGCCUCAAAUUUUUCAUGUCCGAAAUCGGGAGGCGAUAAGAGCAGAGCCCCCACGCUGUGUCUGGUUUGUGGUGCCAUGUUGUGCUCUCAGAGUUACUGCUGCCAGACUGACCUGGAGGGGGAUGACGUGGGCGCCUGCACUGCACACACUUACACUUGCGGCUCAGGGAUGGGGAUCUUUCUAAGAGUAAGAGAAUGUCAGGUCCUCUUCUUGGCUGGUAAAACCAAGGGUUGUUUCUAUCCACCUCCCUAUCUGGAUGACUACGGAGAGACUGAUCAAGGGCUCCGACGAGGGAAUCCUCUUCACCUCUGCCGAGAGCGUUUCAAAAAGAUCCAGAAGCUUUGGCAGCAGCACAGUGUCACAGAAGAAAUAGGGCACGCACAGGAAGCAAAUCAGACGCUCGCUGGCAUCGAAUGGCAGCAUUUAUAAUACAGGCACAGUUAUUUUUUUUUUCUGUCUGUCCUUUUUAGUUGUUUUCUUCUUUCUUUCUUUUCUUUUUUCUUUUUUUUAGCAGCCCCAUUUUCUUAAAAAAAAAAAAAAAAGAAAAAAAAAGAGAGCUCCAUCGUUAACUUUUGCAUAAACAGUGCAGAUCUUUAAUUUAUAUUUCAGUGUCUAGUUUAUGGAAUAAAGCGGAAUUUUCUUAAAACACUAUCAACGUCAUAUCUAUGUCAGAUUUCUGGAUUCUCUCAUUUCACUCUUCCGUUAUAAGAAGUUGUGAAAUCUGCAGGAGAAAUUCCUUUAAGGGACAUCAUCAUAGGGAUUGUGUAGUCUUGCUAACAGUAUUUAUAACCGCCAGUCCAUUUAUUUUUUUCUUAUCGUGUCCCUUUUAUAAUAGCUGUAGUUAUCUUUCCUCUUCCCAGUCAAUUUCUUUUUUUUUUUUUUAUAUAUAUGUCAUAUCUUUUAGCUUAAAGGGGCAUUCUCUGUACAAAGUCAAGUUGUACAGUUUUCCGAUAUACGUUCUCUAUUAUUUCCCACGAUCUCUGCUUGUAGUCAUUGAAUGGCAGCAUGGAUUGCUUACUUCCAUAGUAAUAAAAAAAAAACUUUUAUUCACAGGAAGCGAACAGUGGAGGUUCCUGUUGAUUUCACAGCAAGCAGAGAUAAUGAAAACCGAGAGGAAAUGAUGCAGAAAGUAUAUUAGAAAAUGGUAAUUGCUGAAAGCGGAAUACCCCUUUAAUGCUUCAUGAAACGAAUCGGCCAUUAAAGCAAUACAAUGGAGAGCUAAUCAAUUCAUUUGUUGCUUCCUAGGAUCUGACCUACCACUACUACGCUUACCUCUUACUUCCGAAGUGUGCAAUUAAGAUAAUCCAUAGACGGGGGGGGGGCUUGCUUUUAAAGGGGCAGUUUGCAAUAAGCCACUUUUGCAUAGAAUGCUAAACAGCAGUCCUGUAAUGUGUCCUAUAUAGAUGUGUCCCUAUCGCAAUGGGGUCUAUAGCAAUAUGUAAAUAGGAAGCAUCCUCACCCCUGUAUUCACCUAUAGGCCUCCUUCACACACACAAUUUUUUUUCUGGCCAUAUAAAGCUGUACUAGGAGCAUGCCGCGUUCUAAAAAAAAUUAGUUUUCAAUAGUUUGCUGUAGACUUUAACCGUGUUUCUGCAAUGAUUUCGACCUAAAAAAAUAAGGCCAACAACCGUGCCGAAAAAAUAAAUGCGUGUGUGAAUCCAGCCAUAUAGAUACAGAGUUAUAGGUAUAGGGCACAUCCUGGGGUAGCCUCCUUUCUGCCAUAGGGUGGGUGGAAAGGAAACUACGAAUGAGCACAAUUAAAACACCAUAGGGAAGCUACAGAGAGCGUAUCACCCCCUAUACUCACAUUACUGCUGCGCUUGAGAGAUUGACUUCAUUAUCUUAUGCCGUACGUGAAAGUCAUUUCAGUUUUUUUGCGCCUGUUCAAAGGGGAUCGUACGUGAAUAGAAAAACAUGGCCGUCCUCGAACGGUGUCAGGUGUUGCUGCUCAUCUGUUCACCUGAGUAGAGUUGAGUUGUAGUACCACGGACAGGACUAGAGCAGCCAUGUUUUUUCUAAUUUCAUAGAAACCCAUUUACUUAAGCAUCCAGAUACAUAAUAUACAUAUAACCAAUGGCAAUUUGCAGAUCUAUGGUACAACCCAUAGUAAUUUAUUACUCUUUUUAGCUCAUAUUUUUAUCAUGUCUCGACGCAGGGCUCUGGACUCCCUAAAGAUGUCGCCCAGUUACCAUGGGUUAACUGAUUCCAGAGCUGCUUCCUUCUUUAGGUGAUGCCACGUACUGCUGUACAGGGCAAUAGCGAGGGAAUAUGGACAGUGCCUAUGUGUACUGCCGAGUCAAAAUGUAUGACUUUUAGGCCCACCGGCAGGCACUUUCUCCAGAAACACAUGAUCUGGUUCGUCUUUGGUUGUCAAGGCUUGUGCCUGUGAUUUUCAUUCAUUGCAGAUAUUUGAAAUAAUUCUGAAUAGAGCUGAUUCCCCCCCCCCCCACCCCUCCGAACACGCUUUAUAUCACUGACUACCAGGUAGUCUUACCUUAUAACUUGUGCUCAUGAUGUCCUUAACAGGAUCUAGUCUAGAAUCUCCUAUUUUUCUUCCGAUCCGUUCGGUAACCUUCCACAUAUCCCCCACUCCCUUGCGAUUAGUUUCUUUGCCAGGACAUUUGGCACGUUGGUGAUAUAGCUGUGAACGUUUGGACGAUUUGUAGUCAUUUAUGAGGUUUUCUUUUUUUUUUUUUUUUUGUGGUGUGAUUUGUAGAAGGCGAUGCUCCUCGGCUAAACGUGUUCAGUCUGGAAAAUAGUGCAUCCCCUGGACGCAGCCAUAUAUUAUGUAGAUUCAGUACCUCUUAUCUGCCUUGUGGCUUUACUGCAAGAGUCUGGUAGUCUGGAAUCUCCUUUGGUUUGGCAUAUGCAGCCGUAGAAUCGCCACCAGCACUGGUGACUAUCUACUAGAAUGCUUAUUGUCUACCUAUUAGAGUGUUGUCAAACAUGCCAUUUUUGGUGGGACCAGCCAGCAAUCUAGCAUGUUUGGAAGCCAUGACUGAUGAUGUCAGUGGGAAAAUCUUUUCACCAGACAGAAAUGUCUGGCAGCAGCCUUCUCAUCUUUCUCCAUAGAAAACACACGCUCGGCCAUAGAGUGUGCGGGGGAGUAGAGAGCGAGCUGUCGAGCCCGAAUAGUGGUGAAGCACCCUCUACCAUAAGCCUGGGCCACAGCAACCAGAGGUCCACAGUGCUCACCAUGAAUCAGUGGAACCUGUUGAUUUUAGUUAGCUUUCUGUACAGUAUUUAAACCACCGCAGCAAUAGUUUAGCAGAUGCCACCAAAAACAGGCAUUUCAGAUAGUGUUGCACUAUCGUACAGCUUUUUUUAAGGGUUUUGUGGAGGCCACAUGUCGAGUAGAUGCUGCAGAAAAUCCAGUGCUUACAGUAGCUGCAAAGUGCAUGAGAUUUUCACAAAUUUCAACCACACACUGCGGUAAGUGUCCACGAGAAAGUCCACCGUACAUCAGUUUAUGUUGCGGAUUUCACCAUUUGCAAUGCAGAGGGUGCCAUCUGCAGCAUUUCCAAAAGCAUUUCCUCAAAAUUCUGGCAGAAUCCGCAGCAGACCCACCACAUCUAUACCGUGCCCUAAUAUAGACACCAGACUAUUGGAGUCUUGCUAUAGUUCCUAAUAAUUUGAUGGAGUACAAAUCAUAAAUUUGUUCUGGCACAAAAUGGCUGCCUCCGGGAUGACACCUGCAUUAACCCUUAAAAUCCCUUUGAGUUAGCCCAUUAACUCCUGGAGAAUACUCUUCCUCUGUCAGCAUGUAUUUAUGUCUAAUGUAGAAAUAUUCAUGUAAAAAUAUGUAUGAAUGGAAUUCAAUUUGGAAAAAGUUUUAACUCUUUAAUAUACAUUAAAAAUUCUUGUAAUAUUUGAAUGUAACAUAUGUAUAAAAAAAAAAUGAAAAAAUGAAAAAAAAACACGACUUAUCCAAAAUAAAUGCAUUAGCUGUUA